GGAAAGGCUGAUCUCUGUAGUCUGGAGACCUGUCGUAAUUCCGGGAGAUCCCCAGGCCCUACCUGGAGGUUGGCCACCCCAGGAAAGUCGAGUUUCUCUCUGCGCGUGUGAAACUCAGCCGAGCUGGCCAGGGCUCUUCGGGAGCCAUUUCCUGCUCCUCCCCUCACCUGCCGGGAGGCAGGGCAGCCGCCGGGAGGGGCCCAACCAGCCCAGGUAAUCUCGUGCGCGCAGGCGGAGAAGUCCAGCCCCACCCUUGGCGCGGCUUACCUGCGCGGAGAGGGGGCAGGAGGCAGCCUCGCCGCCCGCGCGAAAGAAGCGAGGCGGAGGAGGAACGAGGGCCCGCUCGUCGGAGUCGCCUUUCGGGACCGGAUGCGGAGGCAGGGAUCCCGGGCGCGCCCGGCUUGGCUUCUCGGCGGUGCCCCGAGUGGCUCCCUUCGGCGCUCUCCGCGUUUGCUUUGCGCCCGGGGCGCGCCAGCCAUGGAGGUUAAAGGUUUCGCGUAGCCGUCGAGAGGCCGGCGCGUUUCUGCGCGGGGGAGAAAUAUUUUGAGAACUUUCUCCUCUCUCUUCUCCCCCCGCCCCCAAGAAGCAAAAAUGAAGGAUUACCGGCUUUCCGACGACGGGAAUAUGAGCCGCUACAAACCCCCGUCAGGGGCGCAGCCCAAGGCGUCGGGCCUGAAAUACACCAGUAAGAAAGAGGACAUGAACAACCUGGAGGAAGGGGUAGAGUUCCUCCCCACCAUGAAUGCUAAGAAGCUGGAGAAGAGUGACCCAAAGCGGUGGAUGGUGGUGGCUGCCAUCCUCGUGGUCUGCCUGAUUGCCUCCUUGUUGGUGGGAUUCUUGGUUUGGCACUUCAAAUACAGGAACGCCCCCGUGCAGAAGCUCUACAAUGGCCACCUUCGGUUCACAGGCGCUCGCUUCAUAGAUGCAUUUGAAAAUUCGAACUCCUCUGAAUUUGCUGACCUUGCUUGGAGUGUAAAGAAAAUGAUUAUAGAUAUCUAUAAAAAAAAUCCAGACGUUGGUCCAUUCCAUAAGGAAACGGUGAUCACCUCAUUCAGCGAGGGCAGUAUUAUCGCUUACUACUGGUCAGAGUUCAGUGUUCCUAAACUCCAAGCGGACACCCUCGACAAGGCCAUGGUAAACAUCCAGGCUUCAAAUCAAACGUUGAUCCAGACGUCAAGAAACCUCAGGUUGCAAGUCGAUACAAUCGUCGCUUUCUCUACCAAUCCGGAUGCAAUUAAGGCUUCACAGGAUAAUCGCUGCAAGUAUGCCUUGCAUGCAAAAGAAGGAUUGAUCACCAGCUUCACCACGCCGGGAUUUCCCAACAGCCAUUAUCCAUCUAAUGCACGAUGCCAGUGGGAGCUGAGAGCAGAUGUAGGCUCAGUCAUCAGUCUGACUUUCACGACGAUGGACAUGGAGCCAUGCAGCUUAGGCAGUGACUCGGUCACGGUCUAUGACACGCUGAGUCCCCUGGAACCUCAUGCAAUGGUCAAGCUGUGUGGCAGCUACAGUCUGUCCUACAACUUGACCUUUGUCUCCUCACAAAACGUUAUGCUGGUCAUGCUGAUCACGAAUGGCGAGGGGCGACACCCGGGCUUCAGGGCGGUGUUCUUCCAGAUGCCGAAAAUGAAAAGUUGUGGUGGGACUUUGAGAGGAACAUCAGGAAACUUCACCACUCCGUAUUUCCCAGGUCAUUAUCCUCCUAGAAUGAACUGUACGUGGAACAUAGAGGUUCCCACUGAUAGGAACGUGAAGGUGCGUUUCCACAACUUCUUCCUUGCGGAACCCGGUGUCUCAAUUGAUUCCUGCACUAAGGACUACGUGGAAGUCAACAAUGUAAAGCACUGUGGGUUGAAAAAGAUGUUUGUGGUAUCAAGUAAUAGCAACAAAGUUGCAGUCCAUUUCCAUUCAGAUCUUUCGUUUGUAGACAACGGUUUCUUUGCAGAGUUCCUGUCAUAUGAUUCUGGCGACCCUUGCCCAGGCAAAUUCACCUGCAAGACUGGCCGUUGUAUUGAGCUCAAGCGACGCUGUGAUGGUUGGAACGAUUGCACAGAUGCCAGCGAUGAGCUAAACUGCAACUGCACUGAGAAGCAGUUCCGCUGCAACAAUGGCUGGUGCAAGCCGAAAUUCUGGCUCUGUGACGGCGUGAAUGACUGUGGAGACAUGAGUGAUGAACUCCAUUGCCAAUGCCCGGCUGAUAACUUCAAGUGCAGCAAUGGCAAAUGCAUCCUGAAGUCCCAGAAAUGCAAUGGCAAAGAUGAAUGUGGCGAUGGCAGCGACGAAGGGGAUUGCAGCUCAGGUAAAGUAGUCACAGUCCCCUGCCAAGAAUACACUUACAAGUGCCGGAAUAAUCUGUGUGUGAGCAAGAAGAACCCCGAGUGUGAUGGCGUGAAGGACUGUAACGAUAACUCGGAUGAAGAAAACUGCAACUGUGGCACACGCAGCUUCAGCAAGAAGUCACGGAUUGUUGGCGGGCUCGAUGCCGAGGCAGGCGAGUGGCCGUGGCAGGUCAGCUUACACGCAGGAAGCGAAGGUCACGUCUGUGGAGCCUCUUUGAUAUCGCAAAAGUGGCUGGUUUCAGCGGCACACUGCUUUAACGAUGUCAAUGUCAGAUACUCUGAUCCUAAGACAUGGACAGCAUACAUGGGGCUUUUCAGCCAGCAAGACAGGGGCAAUGCCAAUGUUCAGAAACGGGGCAUCAAGAACAUCAUCUCCCACCCCAACUUCAAUGACUUUACCUAUGACUACGACAUCGCUGUUUUGGAACUGGAUAACCAAGUCGCUUUCACCAAGCAGGUGCAGCCCAUAUGCCUGCCUGAUGCCACGCACGAAUUCCCAGCUGGCAAGGUCAUCCAUGUGACCGGAUGGGGAGCUACAGUCGAAAAAGGUGUGGCCGCCGUCAUUUUGCAGAAGGCGGAAAUCCGGGUGAUCAACCAGACGAUUUGUGAGUCAUUGUUGCCCGGCCAGCUGACACCGCGCAUGAUGUGUGUUGGGAUCCUGGAGGGAGGAAUCGACGCUUGCCAGGGAGACUCUGGCGGGCCGCUUACCAGCAUUGAGCCGAAUGGCAGGAUGUUUCUGGCCGGUGUGGUGAGCUGGGGGGUUGGGUGCGCCCAACGGAACAAGCCUGGAGCCUACACCCGAGUCUCUCAGUUUCGGAAUUGGAUCAGAGAGAAGACGGGGGUGUAGGUGGUUGUCACAAUGGGGCGAUCCACACGUGCCUGAUUUCCCUGUAUCUGGGUCUGUCAAGCUGGUGGCUGUAGAUGUUCCCGCACGAUGUGAAGAGAAUUCUGCGUAGCUUGUUCACACCCUCCUUGAUUUUUUUUUUGAAGAAAUGAUGACUCUAGAUUUAUCAGUUAGAUGGACGGAGCCACCAGUUUGAGGACCCUUUCGCACUUCUGGCAAUGCUUCCCCUGCCUUUGUCUCCAAGGACUAUCAGUGAAUGUGAACUUGUUUCCUGGUGGGUUUGAAUCUGCAGAGGAGGACUGGCUACUCUGCAAUGCAAUCCUACCUCUGUGCAGGCCAUACCAGGCAAGGCCCAGCAGGCAUUGUGCUUUUGAAUGCCCGUCAGUGCCCACCAGUGAACCCAUGACCGAAAAGGCUGCCUUCAUUUAUUGAAACCAACAUGUGUGUGUGUUUCUGGAGACUGGAUGGAAUGUUAAUGGCCCUGUGGUUUUCUAAGUAAUCUUGUACAGCCGGCACCUGGGACCUGUUCUGUUUUUUCCUCUCCACACCCAGAAAAUUCCACCCUGUGCGUAUGAAUAUACCGACAUUGCUGCCCCCCCCCCCCCCCGCAAAAUUGCUGGUCAAAUGAAGGUGCUGUUCUUAUUCUGCCUGCUUUUCCCCAACCCACAAGCAUCCAAACAUGGAAUAUUCAGAGGAAACAUUCUGUAUCCUCUGUUGGGUGAACAAUUCGCUAACUUGGCUUUCUAAGGAUAAAUGGGCACAUCCAGCUUCGCUAAAGCAGUCUUUCGAGCAGGAUUAGUUCUCUUACUAUUUUAGUACUUGGGUUUGUUUUUUAAAAGUGUGUGUUGAUUUUUAUCUCUGCAGAUAAACCACACUGCGGUCAACGGGUGACAGAUUCUUGGUUACAGCCUUAUGCCCCACUCCCAGUUUUAAUGUUCUGUCCAGAAAUUCCUCCUCCAACCCUUCCAGUUCUUUCCCUAUAAAUCCCUUUUUAAAGAGAAUCUUUAGCAUCCAUUGUUAAACUUUGCCUGUAUGUUAGAUAAGAAUACCACUUGAAUUUAGUUCUUCUCCAUCUCUGAUUUGCUUAUGGCUGGACCAUAGAAAUCAAGGAGACCUGCAGCAGGCACCGUCCUUCAUGGAAAGAUCUCCUAUGCUGGGACAGUUCUUAAAACCUCUAGCCAAGGUCAUUGUUGCUUUUAGAGCAAACACAGGGCAUGCAACAGACCCUGUUGGUUUUUAACUUCAUAAACCUCCAAGGAUGUUUUUGUGAUGUUUUACUGUUAGAACCAAAGUUGUGGCUGUGGUGAUCUUACUAUGUAAGUCCCACGGAAAUUUGUGGGAAUUGAUCCUCCCAUGCAAGUGUGCUCUAUCUGAUGUUGCAGGUGAAUGAUGAUGUAUCUUGGUUAAAAGGGCCUGGUUGCCUUUUUAAAAGCUGGGUCAUAUACCUAAAGCUGGUUCUUUCAGUGUCAAUCCUCUUGAGCGAAGAGGGUAUUCGGUGCCUGCUGUGGAGACUUAAUGGCACUCCAGCCCAUGGAAUCUCCAGGUUGCACAGCCUUUGUGCAACAUUGCAGGUCUUGGCUGUGCCUUUGAGUUUUGGCCCAUUGACUGUACCAUACUACCGAAUCCUGAGGAAGGCAUGCUGGGAUAUGUAGUCUCCAAGGGUUCAUCUAAUUGUUCCAGUGAAUGUGUAAUACAUUUGGACACUUUAACUCACGUGAAGGGUUAGGUAAGCAUCACAGGACUGGGCUUUGUGGACUGCACACCCGAGACAAUGUUUGCACUUUAAAUUCCUUCUCUUCUUUCCCCACCUCCCCUUUUUUAUAUAAGGGUGAUACAGGUAGAUUAUCUAUGUGUAGGGGGUAGGUAGGUAGAUCUGAGAGUUAGGAGGGGAGAUUGAAUACGCAAAUGAAUGUAGGAAAUGAGUGAAUUUUCUGCCCCGUUGCGGGUCAGAUUGGCAUUGCCACAAUGUGCCUUAAUAUAUAGCCUUGUUAAAUGUAUGCAGUUCUUUGGCAUCUCCUUCAGCUGUGCCUUCCUGCGUCGAAAGCGGCUUUCUUAUUAUAAGGGAUGCUUUUAGUGGUGUAGUACUGAACUUUCAUUUCAUGGAAGGAUGACGUAAAAGUUAUUCACUGUCUGGGUCUGCUGAGUUGAAAUAUUUUUUAUGAACAGUUUUGGAGCCCUCUCAAUAAGUGUUGAUGAGAAUUUUUGGCUAAAAGAACUCCAAAAUAUGUAGGUGGCUGAGGUUGGAUAGGAUGAGGCAAUACGGAUAAAUCAAACACCUUCUCUGGGCUAUUUUCGCUGACUUUCAGUGUGUGUAAAUGGUAGAGUUGAUCUCUGCGAUGCUUACUUUUCCCACAGAGGAGGGAGAGGGUGGGUGAAAUCUUCCCAGUCAAACUCUGCCACUCUGACUCUAAUUCCACACUUCCUAUUUCUCCUAUUGUUGGAUUUGAAAUAGUGGGUUUGAGAACAGAUGCCCGAGCCAAGAAGGAACAGUUUCCAGAACAGGGGAAGUACUUAUGUUUUAAAAGUGCGUUUACUAAAUAGUUUAAGGGGUGCUUCAGUAUGCCUUUUCUUUGUAAAAUUAAGCAAAUUGGCAAGGAUGGAUACAUGAGGGAUUUCUUCUGCUUCCCCCACUGAUAAUUUAUCUAUUUUAUUUUUUUAAAGAAAUGCUGCGAAAUUGUUUUGAAUGAGCUGACUCCUCCUUGUUUCCUGGUUUGCGUGUGUGUAUCUUUGUACAUUGUAUCUUUUUUUUUAAAAAAACACACUGUAAAUAUACUUGAAUGAAUGAAACUAUUCACCGUGAUUUCCCCUUUUUGUCAAGGUUUGAAUGAAAUGGAGACAUCUGAAGAUUUUUUUUAAAAAAAUCUGUAUUAAACCAGAAUUUU